ACAGAGGCUCGGAGGUGGAAAGCAAACAGCCAUAGAUAUCUGAAUGGGAUGGAUUCUAGGGAGGCCCACCUGCCUCUGAAUCCUGCACCGCAAAACUAGUGGAGGCCUGUGGAGAUGAGGCAAGGGCAAGGACUGCUUGGAGUUUCCUUGGGUUCUAUCCCUAUUGCGGACUCGGGAUUGAAAUUAUUCUCCCCACUGCCACCGCUGAGCCAGAGUCCAAAGUCACACGGUGCCCACAGGUGCCUUCAGGAGUCCUGGGGGCAGCUAGCUUCCAUGUACUUCAACACGCGGAAACUGUACAGCUAGCUGCGCUUCAGCGAGGACUGCCUGUAUCUGAACGUGUACGCGCCAGUGCGCGCGCCCGGGGAUCCUCUGCUGCCGGUGAUGGUCUGGUUCCCGGGAGGCGCCUUCCUCGUGGGCUCCGCCUCCACUUACGAAGGCUCCGAGUUCGCCGCGCGUGAAAAAGUGGUGCUGGUGUUUCUGCAGUACCGGCUCGGCAUCCUGGGCUUCCUGAGCACUGGCGACAGUCAGGCCCAGGGGAACUGGGCGCUGCUGGACCAACUGGCAGCUCUGCGCUGGGUGCAGGAAAACAUUAAAGCCUUUGGAGGAGAUCCGAAGAGCGUGACCCUGUUUGGCCAGUCUGCGGGGGCCAUAUGCAUCUCAGGACUGAUGAUAUCACCCCUAGCCCAGGGUCUCUUCCAUAGGGCUAUUUCCCAGAGUGGCACUGCAUUCUUUAAAAGUUUCAUCACUCGUGACCCACUGAAGGUGGCAAAGAAGGUUGCUUCCCUGGCUGGCUGCAGCCACAUGGACACAAGGAUCAUGGUAAACUGUCUGAGAGGUCUUUCAGGGGCUCAGGUGAUGCGUGUGUCUAGGAAAAUGAAAUUUUUUCACUUCAACUUCCAGCAAGACCCUCAAGAGAUAAUAUGGUUCCUAAGCCCUGUGGUGGACGGUGUGUUAUUCCCGGAUGAGCCUGUGGUGCUCCUGAUACGGGGGCAGGUUUUGCCUAUGCCCUACCUUCUAGGUGUCAACAGUGAAGAGUUCAGUUGGCUCUUGCCUUAUAUCAUGAAGAUCACACCUUACUCACACUUUAUGAGAAAACAAAACCUCACCAAGCUCCUGUGGACCAUCAGCACCCUGUUGAAUAUCACCAAGGAGCAGAUACCACUUGUGCUCGACAACUACCUGAAAGACAUUCAGAAGUGUGAUUGGAAGAUGGUCUGGAACCGUGUGAUUGAGCUAGUUGGAGAUGCCAUCUUUGUGUAUACCACAUUGCAAGCUGCUCACUACCACCGGGAUGCUGGCUUCCAAGUCUACCUGUACGAGUUUCAGCAUCACGCUUCCUCAGGCAUAAUUAUGAAACCUCAGAACAGUGGGGCAGACCACGGAGAUGAGAUUGGCUUCAUCUUGGGGAAACCGUUCUCCAAAGGCCCAUCCACAGUUAAGGAGAAGACACUCAGCCUCCAGAUGAUGAAAUACUGGGCCAACUUUGCCCGCACAGGGAACCCCAAUGGUGGAGAGUUGCCCUACUGGCCACGCUUUGACAAAGAUGAAAAGUAUCUACAGCUGGAUUUUAUCAUAAGAGUGGGUAUAAAGCUCAAGGAGAAGAAGAUGGCCUUCUGGAGGAGUCUCAACCAGCCUCAGAUACCCAAAAAGCAGAAAUAGUUCUGAUCUGGAGAAUGGCAAAAUGGGAGGGUCUGUCCACCAACCAGACCUGGGAGAAGCUGGCCAUGGCUACAUCUGGGAUAGAGAGUCCUCCUUGCCCAGUCUAGGAUCUAAAGAAGCUCCUGACUGUGUCCUGGCCACAACCAGAGCCUUCUUUGCCUGUGGCUGGGGGCUCUGCACCAUCUUGUCCGGCCUCAUUUCCAUGACACCCCUAUAUUUCAUGAUCUACAUCAGGUUAGGCCAAGCUUGUUAGUUACUACACUGUACUCAAAACCUCCAGGAUAACCUUCUCUCCCUUCUCCAAGUCCUCCUACCCUUUAAGAUUUACUUACAGCCCCUUCUUAUGGGAAGUCCACAGAGACUACUACUGGUUGGCCACUGUUGCCAGCUACCUGUUCAACCUCAUGCCUAUUCCGGCAGGUUAUGUGUGACACAGAAUAAGUAUUUGGCACCUUGGGAUCUUCUCUCCAGAGUCCCUCAAAGCCUACAUACAUAGUGGUACAUAAAGGUCUCAAUAAAGGCAUGUUGCUUUGAACCAUAGUUUCUCCAUCUGUAAAAUUGGUGGCUAGAGGACGAUGUCUCAAUUUGAGCCCUAGAAGGAACUGAACAUUUCUACCUGACCUUUACUGAGCUAUGCUUGGGAAGCCACACUCAGUCAAGGGAAGCUGGCUUCAGCAAUACUAUCUGGACUGCAAAACACUUGACCUCUUUCUUCAGUGUCUCAAACACACCCACCCCAGGACAUCAAGACAGCCACAUCCCAUGCUCACUAUCCAUUAAUAUAGACCUCAGUGUGCACGCCUCACCCUCUGGCCUCUCUUGCAGUCCAACCUGGGAAUGUCCUCACUUGGCCCACAGUGUAUAUGUGUGUGUUUCUCUGAAACGGGGACCUUGCUAUAUUGCCCAGAAUAGACUAGAACUUCUAUGCUCAAGCAAACCUCCUGCCUCCACCUCCUGAGUAUCUGGGACUAUGAGUUCACAGCACCAUGCCCAGAUUUUUGUGGAUUUUUCUUGAUGGCAAAAUCUAUGUGACUUAAACCAGGGAUGUUUGUGCAUGCCUGUAAUCCCAGUACUCAGGGCAAAAGGAUUGCAACUUUCAGUCUCACCUGGGACUUAGAAAGACCCUGUCUCAAGAAAUAAGAAGGGAUGAAUAUGUAGUCCAAUGCAAGGACUCUGGGGUUCAAUCCUCAGUAACAUCAACAUUUAUUUAUUUAUUCAAUAAUACCAGGGAUUGACUCCAGUGGUGCAAACCUAUGACACACAUGCUGCAGCCAGCUAUUUGUUAUCACUGAAAGCACUAAAAGUUCACCAUCACUGUCCCAGUCCCAUUUUAAUCAUGUUUUAAAUGUUCAGCUCAAUGGUAUUGCAUAUAUCUGUAAUGCUGUGUAGCCAUCCCCAUUAUCAUCUCCAGAACUUUUUCAUCAUCCUCAAACUAAAACUCUUUAUCCUUCUUCAAACUGAAUUUAGGAAAAGAACAAUAUUCUACUUUCUGUCUCUAUGAAUUUGACUCUUCCAGGUACCUAAUAGAAGUGGCACUGAGCUAGGCAUGGUGGUGUACACCUAUAAUCCCCAUACUUUGGGAGGCUAAAGCAGGAGCAAAUUCAAACCCAGCAAAGGCAGCUUAGUGAAACCCUGUCUCCAAAUUUUAAAAAGAUGCCUUGGUUACUUUCCUCAUCAUACACAAUACCAACACCCACAACUUACAGGAGGAGAGAUUUAUUUUGGCUCACAUUUCAGAUCAUGGUUGACUCAUUCCAAAGAGGAAACAGCAUGGCAGAGGGACAUGGCUAAGGAAAAGCUGCUCACUUCAUGAUGGACAGGAAGCAGAGUCAAGGGAGGAGGCAGACAGAGAGAUAGAUCCUUCCAGGCCAUGCCCACAGUGACCUGCCUCCACCUAAAAGCAAGUCAGCUAAAGUGCCCCAUAAUCCAAUCACCUUCUAAACACAUGAGGCUUUGGGGGGCAUCUUAGGUCUAGAAUAUAAAAGGAUCCCAAAAGUGGAAUCACACACUUUUCCUUUUGUGUCUAGUUUAUUUCAAUUCAACAUAAUUUCUUCAAGAUUCACCCAUGUUGUUGAAUAUAACAGAAUCUCAUUUCUUCUUGAAGACUUCUUAAAGAACAUUUCACAUAAAAUGUAUAUAGCAUUUUAAAGUCCACUUGCUAACUGAUGGACAUUGUGGUUGUUUCUACCUCUUGGUUGUGAACAAUGUAGGUGGAAAUAUUGUGUAAUAUCCUACCAGUUUUAAAUCCUGAACUACAAGAACAUUUCUUGAGACAGGGUCUCAGUUUGUAGUUCAGGCUGGCCUUGAACUUACUAUACAGCCCAGCCUGGUCCCCAAAUUCAUGGUAACCAGCCUUCCAAGUUUUUACCUCAGCCUUCCAAGACCUACACUGCCACACCUGAUGUGAGCUUAAUUUUGAUUCAGCCCUUUACUCCUAUAGGUCCCAGAGCCUCUGGGGGCAAUCAGAAACUUCAAAGAUCUGUGAGAUGAUAUCCAAAACUUCGUACUCUAGCACCAAAA